AUCGAUAUGCUUCGUCUUUCUCUUCUUUUGCUGCUCGCAUCGAGUUGUAAGGUUGCCACCGCGGCUGAGACUACGAGCGAUCAACAAUGCGGUACUAUAUUUUAACAAGCCGAGGGAAAGAGACCCUUGGUUGGAUGGGAAUGGGCUUCGGUAGCCAAAUGGCUAACACACCCAUGGUCAUUAUGUGGUCUAACAGCGAUGGGACUAUAACUCUCUCUCAACGCCAAGCUCAGCGAGAGGUCAUGCCAACCGUGGUCGCAAGUCCCCCUCGUGUAGCUACUUUAAACGAUUCUCUCAGCAUUACCUCAGGAUCCACACCACAACUUGCUUACACCAUCCCCGCUAACAGCGACCAGAAGCAGAGCGUUAUUUACGCUUUUGGAACUCAAAACCCAGGUUCAUCAGCGAAAGACGCAACACUGGUGCAGCAUGUUGAUUAUGGCGUACUUCAGUUAGACUUGACCAAGUCGUCGUCGACGUCAAAUGGAAGCACAGGGGGGACCUCAUCCUCCGGGGGGAGCACCUCGUCUGAGGCUACCCCAUUGAUGCCUUAUCAGCGAAUGAUUGUUGCUCACGCAACCUUCUGUUCUGUCGGUUUCCUGUUGUUUUUGCCCGCUGGGGCUCUUUUGGCGAGGUAUUCAAGAACAUUCACAAGCGUGUGGUUUAAAGGACAUUGGAUUGCACAAUUCGCGUUGGCGGGUCCGUCUAUUGUCAUUGGAAUCGCUCUGGGCAUUCAGUCUGUUGCAGAAGCAGGUGCCACGCAUCUAAACGAUAGUCACAAAAAAUACGGCGUUGCGAUCUUUAUUCUUUACCUUCUCCAAUGCGGAGUGGGUGCAAUCAUUCAUUGGGUCAAGGCCAGUGAUCGUACCCGUAGACCUUUCCAGAAUUAUUUCCACGCAACCUUUGGGCUGCUCAUCAUCGCCCUUGCGUUUUAUCAAGUUCACUCGGGAUAUAAAGUUGAAUGGCCCAAGGCGACAGGACGUGGUGAACUCUCCAAUGGUGUCAACGUCUUCUUCUUCGUCUGGUUAGCGGUGGUGCCUGUAGCAUAUUUUGUUGGAUUGAGUUUCUUACCGAAACAAUUUAGGCAAGAGAGAACGUCGGUCGUCUCACGUGGUGACGGUGACCUCAAACUAGUUCAAAUGGGGUACAAAAAUCGCCAGUGAGGAAGAAUUAAUUGGAAUCAAUUUGUAACUCGCUACUACUUGGCUACUACAUACGCGCUGUCAUGUGACUGUUUCGCUACCCCUAUGAACAAGCUGCGUUACAUACAAAAAUCUUU